AGGUCACCGAUACUAUAAAGUUAAUGUCGUGAAUAAGGUGUGGAUAUUUCUUAUCGGACACUGUCGAGGAAGGCCGCAACGGUUAACAACUAUUGGUUACCAUGAAACGUCAUCUGAUUGGAUGCGUGGCCAUCCUCACGUGGACAGCGGCAAAUGUACUUGCCAUAGAUACAACACAUAUCAUGGAUGGACUUAAUCUCGCUAAUGAUCUUACCGGUUUCAUAGAAAGUCAAGACUUCUCGAAGACAAUAACGAAACUUGCCUCUGCAGCGUCUUCGUAUUUGGGAAUACUUGGUCCUGUUUUGGGCUUUGCGUUUAGUUUUUUCGACACUGGUCCGUCAGCAGAAUUAUUGGCGAUACAGAAACUAUAUAAAGACGUCACUCUGCGGUUUGAUCGUGUUGAUCACCAAUUUUCCGAUGUUAAGCGGCAGAUUAAUUGGGCAAGUGUGGAAUUACAGUAUGGAGAAUACGAAAGUAAAAUACAUGCUGUCGGAGAAAAGUACAAAGAUUUGGUUCUGUCUUCAACUAAAAAUGAUUAUACCGCACGAAAACAACUCUUUCUUGACAAUUUUCGACAAGAUUUCACCAACUCCGCAGAGAAGCUUUACGAUGGAGUAAUGAAUGAGCACCGGACAUUUCAUAAAGACCUAUUUGAUUCAGCCAUUGAGAACUUUGAAUGGGACAGAAAGAAAACACAGAGCUUUAUGCUUGGCGUAUCUAAAUUACUUAUGUUUGGAGCAUCAAUAGAGCUAGCUUACUAUCAACUGAAAUAUCCCUCACAGGAGAGUUAUUACCGACAGCAAUGGCAAGUCAAAUUUGAACACUUUAAGAGUAAGUUGACCUCAACAGACCACAAAUUAGCAACUCAGUUCGGAGGUCAGUUAGCAAAGGAUGUUGAUCAAUAUAUUGUAAACCAUGCCCACUCUAGUAAUUGCGACAUCACAACCCCCCUUUACGACGUCAUCGCCAAGAAGUACUACUGGCGGAACUGGUUGGUUGUUGUUUCAGAUCACUCAACAGACUCUGAAAAGUACACGGUACACACAUGUGGUGGUAUUUACGGACUUCAAAACAAUAACCACGGAAAGAAUGUUGUUGUUGCCAGCGUUCCUCAGAACAAGGCUCACCUGACAACAUCGCAAAAGCACGCUGUUCUCUACACUAGAACGUACCACACAAGGCAUAGACAUGGUGGGAGACGAUCUUCAUUUCCAACUGGUGUAUAUGGCGUCCGUGUUCAUGCAAACGAUGCUUAUAACAGCAUGCCAAGUUCUGUGCGUAGCAGCUGUAGCACUUACGGUUCUGUAGGUAUCAUUGACCGUAACUUACACCCAUGCUGGAGAUCGCCUGCUGACCAUUUAUUCAGCCGUGACGACGGUCAUUUCUUCAAAAUAUAUGCGUUCGGCUAAUUUUUAAGCUUGAUAUAUGUCAAAGGAAGAAAUGUCUGUAAAGUUUGAAAUAAAAAUGCAUUAUGAAA